AUGUUCUAUGAUAAACUGUAGAUUCAAUAAUAAGAAUAUAAUUUAUUGUAUAAUGAAUAUCAUAAGCACAAUCCAAAUUGGAAAGUAUUAGCUUAGAAAUUGGAAAUGGGAGCAAAUGGACUGAAAUUAAAGAUUGAGUGUGCAGAGAUACUCUUUAAGAUUGGAAAUCUAUCGAAAUUAUGCUAAAAUUUUUAUAAUCAAAAUACAGGAACAAAAAAAUCUGAUAUCAGACUGAAAAUCAAAAUCAAUACUCCAACUUAAUCCCAAACAAUAGAAGAGGAAAUCAAAUCUAUUGAAGUUAAGGCUAAAUUGCAAGAAAUAAUUUCUGUUAGAAAUGCAUCAGAAAAUACAAUCAUCUAACUCGAAUAAAUAUAAUCAGAUUCAGCUCUGAUUUUAUUUGAAAACAAUUUGUUGCUUAAUUUCAAUUUAAAAUCACAGUGCAUUAGGUAAGAAAUACAAUGCAAAAAAUUUGAUUACUUUGACAAAAAAGUUGUAAUCUAAAAUAAUAAUCUGCUUCAAUUCUAUCUCUUUGAGCCUACAAAGAAGAUGCUUGUUGAAGUUAGAGAUUUGUAAGUCUUAGAUGCCAUUUGGUUCAAGUUAAGAUAAUUUGAUUUGAUUUACCAAAGUUCUAAUUUGCAUUUUUAUAAAAAAUCACUCCAAAUCAAUGAAGAAGUUCAAAUACUUUAAUGGAAUUCGAAUAUUAAGACGAUUAAUUUUAUAUUUCAAAAUAAAUUAGCCUUAUUCUACCAAAAAUCAUUUAAUGUCUAUAGUCUUAAUAAUUUAACCUAAAUCGAAUGGCAUUUAAAUAUCAAUGAGAAUAUUUAAGAAAUCAAAUAGAAUAGCAAUGAUUAUUUAGUAUUGAUUGGUAUGACUCAGUUGUAUAUGGUAUCAAUUGAGAAGAAAUCUAUAGUGAAAAAAUUCACCUUCGAACAACCAAAUUGCUUGAUCAUUCCUAGUCCUGCAAUUCCAUACUUGUUCCUGAUUGCAAAUAGCGGAAGUGUCUAUUAAUCAAAAAUCUAUUUUCACAACACAAAAUAAAUAUUAUCUAAUAUUGUAAGUCAACACCCCACCGCUAUUUUCAUGGAUGAUCAAACUAUAUUGAUAGGCGAUGAUUUGGGAUUCCUCCAAAGAUUUAAAUACUCCUUAGGAGAAUGA